CUGUAACGGAGUUGAAUUUACGGAGACAGGCAGAGGCUGCGGACGCCUCAGUGCUCGGUCUCAGGUUUUUGGAGGUUAUUCAAUAUCUCGUCUUUUAGCGCGAUGUGUUUAAUGAGCGCAUCUGAGUAGUGUCCAGGAGUCUUAUUUUGAAGACACCCGUAUUCCUUUUCAGCGGAAGGCCCAGGGAGGAGUCAGCAAUGCUGUGGAAGGUGCUGUUUCUGUGCCUCCUGCAGGGGGCGCUUAUUUAUGGCCAAGCCCAUGGACCUCGACCCUACCCAUGCAGAAAAACGCCAGAGUGUCCAAUUGACUUGUAUUUUGUCAUUGACACAUCUGAGACCAUUGCACUUCAGGAGCCCCCUCCUGGCAGCCUGGUGGAGAGCAUUAAGCAGUUCACAGAGCAGUUUGCCCUUAAGCUGAGCGACGGGGAUUUUAGGGGCAAAAUCACCUGGUCCCUGGGCGGUCUGCACUUCUCCCAGCGGCAGGAGAUCUUCAGCAGAAUCACCUCCAGGGAUGAGUUUAUCACGGGCCUGAAAAGCAUCCGCUACCUGGGCAAGGGCACCUACAUCGACUGUGCCCUCACCAACAUGACCCAGGAGAUCAGGCGCUACGCCACCAAUCCAAACAGCAUCCGCUUCGCUGUUGUAAUUACCGACGGCCACGUGACUGGGAACCCCUGUGGGGGAAUCAAGGUGUCGGCUGAGCGGGCGAGGGACGAGAAUAUAAAGGUGUUCGUGGUGGCAGCGACCAAGAAUGUGGACGAGACGGGGCUGAGGGAGAUCGCCAACUCCCCUGCUGACCUCUACCGCAACGCCUUCAUGGCUGUGGACAUCGCUGGAACAUCACCAGUGAUUAUGACCUCAACCAUUGAGCGCAUCAUCAAAACCAUGACUCAUCUAGCCUAUCAAGAGUGCUACAAGCUGAAGUGUUUAGAAACAGUUGGUCCAACUGGCCCAAAAGGCCACAGGGGACACAAGGGAGCAAAAGGUGACAAUGGAAUUCCGGGCCCCAAAGGUGAAAGAGGACGGCAGGGAGAUCCUGGAAUUGAAGGUCCCAUUGGACAUCCUGGUACAAAAGGUGAACCAGGCCUUAAAGGUGAAAAGGGUGAAAUUGGAUCUGAAGGGAAAAAGGGUGUGGCUGGGAUGGCAGGACGAAAUGGAACUGACGGGCAAAAGGGAAAAAUUGGGCGUAUCGGGGCUCCAGGCUGCAAAGGAGAUCCAGGUGACAAGGGACCUGAUGGCUAUCCUGGAAAUGUGGGUGAAGGAGGACCGUUUGGAAAACCUGGAGAGAAGGGUGAUCCUGGUCGCCCUGGGAGAUCUGGCCCCCCAGGCCCACCUGGAGAACCUGGACCUAAGGGUGAAAGAGGAAGUGCUGGGUCACCUGGAAUACCUGGACAAAAGGGACCCCCAGGAAGAAAUGGAGGACCUGGACCAAAAGGCGAACCAGGGAGAAGAGGAGACUUUGGACCAAAGGGAAAACAGGGACCAAAUGGCCCAAGCGGAGACAAGGGUGAAUCAGGACCUGAGGGCCAGAGAGGACUUGCUGGUGAAGUAGGAGGUAAAGGGGCCAAGGGAGACAAUGGACUGCCAGGACCGCGGGGUCCUCCAGGCGGAGCAGGGGAGCCAGGGAGAAAUGGUUCUCGUGGAGACCCUGGUGAUGCUGGACCAAGGGGGGAACCUGGUCCACCAGGGCUCAAGGGUGACCAAGGAAGAGCUGGAUUCAGCUAUCCAGGACCAAGAGGACCCACGGGAGACCGGGGGGGGAAAGGGAGCCCCGGACCACGGGGAAGCAGGGGUGACUGUGGACAGAAGGGAGAUCCUGGUCUCAAAGGAGGUCCCGGUGAGCCGGGUGAGCCGGGACCUAAUGGUGAGCCAGGACAAAGAGGCCCCAGAGGAGAUCCAGCGGGGGAUGGUGGUCCUGGACCAGAAGGGGACCCUGGCCUCACUGAAUGUGACGUGAUGAACUACAUCAGAGAAACAUGUGGUUGCUGUGACUGUGAGAAGCUCUGUGGCGCUUUGGACAUCGUCUUUGUGAUUGACAGCUCUGAGAGUGUGGGCCUGACAAACUUUACUCUGGAGAAGAACUUCAUCAUCAGCACCAUCAACCGCAUGGGCUCCAUUGCGAAGGACCCCAUCUCUGAAACAGGUACGCGUGUGGGCGUGGUGCAGUACAGUCACAGCGGAACCUUCCAGGCCAUCAGGCUCAAUGACUCAAGGAUAGACUCUCUGACCGCCUUCAAAGAUGCUGUUAAGAAACUGGAGUGGAUCGCGGGAGGGACCUGGACCCCGUCCGCGCUCAAGUUCGCCUACGACAACCUCAUCCGGGACAGCCGUCGCACCAAGGCUAAAGUGACCGUGGUGGUAAUCACAGACGGUCGCUUCGACCCACGCGAUGACGACUCCCUGCUCACGUACCUCUGCGACGACAACUCGGUCGACGUGAACGCGAUCGGCAUCGGCGACAUGUUUGACCAGGUGGAGGAGAACGAGAGCCUCAAGUCCAUCGCCUGCCAGAAGAGCGACCGCGUCAUGCCCAUGCGACGCUUCGCCGACUUGGUGGCCGAGGAGUUCAUUGACAGGAUCGAGCACGUGCUCUGCCCCGACCCUGUGACAGUGUGCCCUGACCUCCCUUGCAAAACUGAUGUGGAAGGCCCUCGGAAUGUGUGUGAUACCCUGGCAGAGGAGGGCACCCCUGUCCGCAGCUCUAUCCUAGACGUCACAAUCUUGCUAAACAACCUGAAGGAUGAGCAGCGCCUCGAUACCUACAAAAAGGCCAUAGCCAUUCUGGCCUACACCGCGGAGAGAGCCAAGUUUUCUGUUGGACUGGAGAGGCAGCAGUGGACAAAUCUGUUCAUUGAAUCCUUUCGAAUUGUGUAUGGCGACGUCAUGGGGGAUCCUAACAAGGCCCUGGGGUUGUGCUAGUCCGACAAACCCCUAUUUACGAGUGAAAACGGCUGUUCUCUCAGUCCGCGGUAAAGAGUAUCUCUGGAGAUAUUUCUGGAGCUCAACAUUUACAAUCGAGUGCUCAAUAUUUUUAAUGUAACCAAGCAGGCUUAAUCUCUCUAACUUUCAAAAAAAAGAGCAGUGUCUUUAAGAAGGAGCAAUUAUACUUCUCUUUGUAAGGCUUGCAGUACAGACAGUGGUUAUUAUAAUAACCAUAUGCCUCAUAAUUCUCAGUGAUUGUUGGGUUUUAUAAAUACUGUUUGCAUUUAUAACAUUGGGAAUGCCAUAUUUCCAUACCUAAAUUCUGUACGUCAUUUCAGCUAAAACAGCUGUGAAUCAAACUCUUUAUACAUGUAUAUUAUGUUCUGCUAUACAUAUGGUAAAAAGUUGUAAAUGAACUUUUUCAAGCAUAAUAUUGACAGUUUUGCUAAAUUUAACUAAGUGGUGGCAGGAGUAUGGAGCACUGGCUUGUCAAUGCCACACAGGAAAGUUUUGCUGUUUGCACAUACUUUUAAUAUCCCGAAAGGUCAAGUUUUUUAUAGAAUGGGGUAGAAAAUUGUGGAUUAAUGAAGUGGAUUUAUUUGCAUAUUGCAUCACGAGGUCAGUUUUAUUAUGCUAUUCAGUGAGUAGCUGUGAGUAACAAAAGCUUUUUUAUAAAAUAUUCAGGUAACACUUGAAAAAUUACGAAUGGCUUAUUAGGUUUGUUGUAAUACAUUCCAGCUCAUAAAUGUCAGUUUCUGUCAUAUUUUGGGUCAAAAAGGAAUUAUUUCAAUGUAUGUAUGAAUAGUGUGUUACAAAUAUCAGCUUUGUUGUGUUGCACUUCAAGGAAUUGUUUGAUAUAUGAAAACCAUCAAUUCUGAGUAAACAUAUCAUUGUAACAGAUUGUGACAGAUGAUAAUAUACUGAAAGUGUGUUAUUACUCUCAAAUGAGUUUGUAAUUACAGACGAAGGGUUAAGUUUAAUGUGAUAUUUUUAAUGUCCAUGACUGCACUAAGUAUUUAACCCGAGGGGAUUUGUCAAAUGUAUGAGGGAGUAUUUGUAGUGUUUUAAUUGACUGUGUAAAAUAAAUGUUGGUGAACGAUUAA